AUGUGGCAUGGGAUUGGGGUUAUUUUAAUAUCUACCAAAAAACAGUUCAUGCCUAUCACAACAGGCUUGUAUUUUGAUUGUACCAAUAAUAUGGCAGAAUAUGAAGCUUGUGCCAUGGGAAUUUUGGUGGCUUUGGAAUCAAAAGUGAGAGUUCAGGAAGUAUAUGGAGAUUCAGCCCUAGUCAUUAAUCAUCUUAACCAAGAAUGGGAAACUCAAGAUAAGAAGUUAAUACCUUAUUUUACCUACAUAAAAGAAUUGUCUUUACAAUUUGACAAAAUCACUUUUCACCAUGUCCCUUGUGAAAACAAUCAAUUGGCUGGUGUUUUGGCUACUUUAUCCUCGAUGUUUCAAAUAAUUCGAAAUGAUGAAAUCCCACCCAUUAAAAUGGAGAGUCGAGAUCAUCCUACCUACUGCCACAUAGUGGAAGAAGAAACUGAUGAGAAACUGUGGUAUUAUGACAUCAAACAUUAUCUUAUAAAUAGAGAAUAUCUUCCCAGAAUAUCAUGA